AUGCACACGACGACGACGACGACGACGACCGCCGCUCGGACGGCCGACCGCCGUGAGCCCCGUGACAGCGCGCCACUGCGGUUGCGGCGACGGGGAGCCAGCACGACGGGGACGCUGACGCUGCGGCUGCUUGGCGUGCUCGUGGUCGCUGCGUGCUGGAUGCUGGCAGAUGUCAGCACCACGACAAACCCCGACAGCCGCCUCCUGUUCGCCUCGGCACAGACCACGCCAUCCCACAUCCUGUCCGUGCAAAUGAACCUGCGCCAGCCUUAUGCCAUUGCCGGCGAGCACGUAGUGGUCGACUGGAAGGUCGUCUUCAACGCCACCACCUUGUUUGGCAUUGCCGCCAACUACCUGAAAAACCUGGCGUCCGGCGCAAUCCCGUUCUUCCCUCUUGUGAACAGCACCAAGACAGCCAAUAGCUCUACGCCAAGCACAACUUCCGGGUCAACGAUAAGUCGGCGUGAACGACGAGAUUUACAGGCACAGCUCAGCGGCGUGCCGCCUCUGCAAGCUGCAUCGCUGCUCUCGUCUUGGUCCCAGCUGAUUGACUGGGCGCGGGCAGUCAUGUACAACUAUCUGAUUGCAGAUAUGAUUGCCCUGGUUCCGACCGUCAAUACCUGCAUCCCAUAUGCAGACUACCACUCCCCCACGGAAUACUCGGGCUUGAACCCUUCCUCGGACGCAUUUGUCCUGUCGAUCAGUGAUUGGAACGUGCCAGACCGGCCUCCAACCGCCUCUGGAACAAGCAUCUAUGCUGUUCCCGAUGUUCCGACGCCCGCCAACUUCUUUUUGACGUAUUACAGCCCGUCACUCAACCGCACCGCCUCCAACAUGACAGUCCCGCUGCCUCCGUGGGCUGCACCCGGCCCCGGCUUUUACUCCACACAACUCCCAACCGUUACACUCAGUACCACAAAGUGCUAUCUGCAAGCGCUUGAUGCAAUUUCUGCGGUGCAAGUGCCGAUCAUGUCCCGCACACUUCCCAUUCCCGGCAGCGGUGGCAACGCCCUCUACCUCUCCAGCCUGCAGCGAUAUCCGACCGAGCUCGCGCAACGGAACAUGCUUCGCGGCUCAAACUCUCUCGCAAACGCCCUCGCGCCCAUUGUCGUGUACGACUCGGGCUCGUGUGUGGGGGCGGAUCGGCCGCUUUUGCUCAAAGCGUUCACCGCAGAACUGUGGUUUCGUGCCAGUGCCCCAGACAAGCAAGGUUUGCCGGACAAGCAGUGCUGCUGGCCAUUGCUCAGCACGACAGGUGUCAACGGCUUUGAUGUUUCCGUCAUCACCAAUAACACUGUGCAGUUCCUCACCCCGUUCCUCGGAGGAUCCUGUGGCACCAUUCCUGGCUCGCGUGUCGGAACUACCAGCAGUCUUCUCGACCAACAGUGGCACCACAUUGCCGUCACAUACAGCAGCAACGUCAAAACGAUUUACGUGGAUGGGAUUUUGACUUUGUCGCUGCAGUGUUCGGGCUCCGCAGUGUCUCUCGACUCGACACGCCUGUCCAUUGGUCGAAGCUUUACUGGCGAUCAGCUGGAUGAAAAUUUCGAUGGCACGGUCGAUGAAAUUCGCAUCUGGUCCGUUGCGCGAUCCGGACCGCAAAUCCUUGCCACCCUGCAUCGCACCCUCCGCAUUGACGAAAUGGCGGAUAUCGUCAUGUACUACAACUUUGAUGAGCGUUUGGAGCUCCUCACAAACAUCGACUACACCGGUUCGGCGAAUUCGCGCCCGGCCACCAUCCGCGACCGCAGUCCAAAGCAGCGCGAUAUCGUCAUGGGCGCCGAAACCGCGGGGACAACGUUCGAUCUUCGCCACAUUGGCCGGUAUGUCAUUUCCAGUGCUCCGCUUGCUGGAGCACGUCAGUCUGUCUUGUUCAAGGUCAGCAAUCCGCCUGCUCAGACUGGAGGCGGCCAGGUGGAUCCCAAUGAUGUGCGACGUGAUGGUCCCGAACUGUUUCAGGACGUCACUUUUGUCACGUUCAGAACCUCGCCAUUUCAACUGAUGGGGCGGCUCGCAGACGCACAGCAGUCUCCCUUGACCGGCACGUCGCGGGUCGCGAUUGCCUCUGUCCCAACGUGGCCUUUCCAGCUGGAGUUUGCGAAUGGUACCGUUUUGAAGGGGCCCGUACCAACCGAUGCCAACCCUCGGUGGUUUCUGCAAUCGGAAAAGUUUGUCAUCUCGUACACAAACUCGCUGCCGUUGCCGGAAAACAUCCCGCGCGUUACCGUCAAGUUCUUUGUUGUCGACCCGACAACUCAGGCGCGAUCGGCAUACGGCUACGUUGCUGUGGACAACGUGCACAACACUGCUCCGACUGUCGGCACGGCUGGCGGCAUGCUGCACUGCACGGGCAACAGCUUUGCGCUAGCCCAAGACUUUGCCCUCCCGACACAACUCUAUGGGAACGUGCGCGGCACAAGCCCCUACACGAUUGAAUGGUGGGGAUACUUUUUCGCACAAGAGAUGGAUGGGGUUGUUUACUCGUUCGCGUCCGACGUCGAUGGUCAGUGGUGCAACAACCCUGGCGACUGCUUUGGCCGAUUCAUGGCCAGCGUUCCUGGGUCGUCGGGCGGUGCCGAAAUCUACGAUGGCUGGAAUGUGACCAACUCGGAUGGCUAUGUUUCAGUCGCGUCCUCUGGUAUUCGUCCGCUCUUUGGAGCAUGGAACCAUUUCGCCAUCACUUCCGAUGGCGGAUUGGACGGCGGCGUCGCUUCCUUCUACGUGAAUGGCAAAGUGGUCCAAGUCCGUCCUUCCUUUGGCUCGCAGGCUGAUGUGCUCGGCUUGUAUGUCUGUCACUGGCCAUUUUGGGGGGAUGACUUCUUUUACAGGGGCCUCAUUGACAACCUUCGUGUCUGGUCGGGUGUUCAGCCACCGGAAGCCUUGCAGGCGUACAAGGACGGCGCUGUUCCUCGCGAGAGUCAGCACUUGCUGGCUCAAUGGACGUUUGAUCCUGAGGUGACGAUUGACGAAACGAUCGAUCUGGAUGACCUGCCAACGGACGCUGACGCGCUGGUCUCGGCUCCAUCCUCGUGCGAUAUUUCGCGCUUCAACAACCGGCUUGUGUUUGGAGCUUGCACCCCGAACACGCAGCCGUACUGCCGAGCUGGGGAUGGCCAAUGUGCAUUCAACCAGCCACUUCGCGCACGCCCGUGUUUUGUCAACGACACGCGUGACGCCUCCGACGGCGUUUUGGAUGGCGUUAUGGCCUCGCUAAAGCCCCGGUUGCUCAUGUCCACCGCACCCAUCGGAGGAUACACCUCCCCAGUGCUUGCAUUGCAGGGCCAGAACACCACGGUGACCUUGACUGGCGCAGAUCCAGAUGGCGACCCUCUUCAGUUCAUCAUUGUAGGCCUGCCACAUCGAGGUCAACUGUUCACUGUGACCGGCUUGCCCAUCACUGUUGCAAACGGGACACUUCCCAUCGGCGUUUCCACGGUGGUGUACCGUGCCCCAGUGUCCUCGGGUGGCAUCAACUUGACCUCCUUUACGUACACCAUCUCUGACGGCUAUGUCGUGUCAACGCUGAAUGCGACGGUGCGCAUUUCUGUCGCGUGUGCUGCUGGUCGCCGUGCUAAUCCCUCCACAUUGACGUGCGAACUGUGCAGUCCUGGCACGUACCGGCCCGAGCCGUCGUUCAAGACCUUCUGUCUGCCAACGCAGCUCGGAUACUACCAACCGCAGGCUGGCGCCAGCGCGCAGUUGACGUGUCCUCCAGGCCACUUCCAGGACGAACCUUCAAGCGCAAGCUGCAAGCUCUGCGUCGAGUACAACGAUCCAGCACCCUGCAUUGUGAGCAACGACCUUGCACCACGACAGGCAAACCUUCUGGUGACGCUCUCGGGUCUCCAUUUGGUCGUCUGCUUCAUCUGCCUGGUGCUCGUGUUUGCACUUCGCAAAACCAAGGUCAUCCAUUCCUCCUCGCCCCUGUUCCUCGCCACUCUUCUGGUUGGCAUUUGCGUCUUGAGUGUGGACACGCUGCUGGCAAGCCGUGUGCAGACGGCGGCCUUUUGCACAGCCCGCCUCUGGCUGUUCAACCUCGGGUUUAUGAUUGCCAUGGGCGCGCUCUUUUCGAAGCUCUGGCGGCUCCGCAAGCUCAAAAACAACUGUACGCUGCGUGCCAUCAAACUAAGCAACAGCGAAGUGCUCGUCCCAGUGCUCAUCUUUGUUCUCGUCGACUGCUUGAUUCUCGGGGUUUGGACCGGCAUCGCUCCGUUCCAUCUCCGCUCCGAAUACGACCACGAGUGCGUGAGUGACGAGCACACUUCCUUCUUGGUUGUCAUGUUGUGCAUCAAGGGCGCCCUUGUCGUGUACUGCUGCUACCUUGCUUUCGUGACACGCAACGUUUUAUGUGCGUACAACGAGUCGCAGUACAUUGCGCUCUCCGUGUACGCGACCUUGCUGGCAGGCUUGGUGAUUUAUUCAAUCAUUUUUGCCCUGACUUCUGUCGUUCACCCGCGCACCAUUCUGCUGCUCGAAGUCCACGCAACCUUGUUUGUGACGACUGUUGUCUUCUUCCUCAUCUUCCUCCCGAAAGCCCUGCGGAUUGCUGGCCUGUACAAGCAGUCCGCCUCCAUCUCGACCUUGUUUGCGACAAUCAACAAGACAUCCUACCGCGGAACCGACGUGGACCUGGAUGACUCGACCAAGACAGACACUUCCGGUUCACAAGCCGCAACUGCAGCUGACGGGGCUGGCGUGUCGUCCACUGCUGCUGGUGCUGCUGCUGCUGCUGAUGGUGCUGCCUCCGUCGUGGCUUCCGCCGCACGGCUUCGGCGACUGGCUUCGAAUCGCUCUGCGAACGAAUCCACGCAGGCUGAAGCUCACGCGCAGUACCUGGCUCGUCUCGAGCGCAACCUCGAACGGAAGGAGCUGGAGCAGCAGCGUCAAGUGGCUAUAUUGGCGAUGGCGCGAAAGCACCAGAGUAUGGCCGUCACUGCUCUCCGCCUGAGCGAGCUGGAAGUGCAAAAGCUUCGGCUGGAACUCGAGUGGCAACGGACUGCGAGCCGAGGAGCGGUCGACACCCGCAUUGUCUCCGUUUCCUCUCGUGGCUCGAUCGGAUCCGAGUUGUCCCCGACCGAAAUGUUCGAGAAUGCUGCCCACGAGGCAGCUGGCUCUGACUCGAGCUCGGAGAGCAAGCCGGGCGGUGUGGAUAUUUUCGCAUCCGACGUGUCAGCGCUUGACGAAUCCGAUCAGCGCAGUGUCAAGCUGUCCCGCUCCUCGAGUGUUGUCUCCAACUGGCGUGCUUUUGGUGAUUUCCCGCUGGACGAUUAUCACCAAAGCAGCAAUGUCUAACAAUUUUCUUUUCGUUCUGAUUUUCUUUUUCAACAACGUUUUUCGCUUUGC